UGCUUCCUCCUGCAGGACACAGACAACUCCGGUGCCACCAUCCUGCACCUGGCAGCCCGCUUCGGUCACCAUGAGGUGAUCGACUGGCUCCUCCGCUUCGGAGGCAGUGACCCCAUGGCAGCCACCAACACAGGAGCACUGCCCGUCCACUACGCCGCGGCCAAAGGGGAUUUCCCUUCCCUGCGACUCCUCUUGGGACACUGCCCCAGGAGCCUGAGUGCCCAGACCAAGACGGGGGCUACCCCGCUGUACCUCGCCUGCCAGGAAGGCCACCUGGAGAUCAUCCAGUACCUGGUGCAGGACUGUGGGGCUGACCCCCACGCGCGCGCCCAUGAUGGCAUGACCCCACUGCACGCCGCUGCCCAGAUGGGCCACAACACUGUCAUCGUGUGGCUGAUGAGCUUCACAACGGUGAGUCUGUCGGAGCGGGACGCUGAGGGGGCCACAGCCAUGCACUUUGCUGCCAGCCGUGGCCAUGCCAAGGUGCUGAGCUGGCUGCUGCUGCACGGCGGGGAGAUCACCACGGACGGCUGGGGCGGCACGCCACUGCACGAUGCCGCCGAGAACGGCGAGCUGGAGUGCUGCCAGAUCCUGGUGGUGAAUGGUGCCGACCUCAGCAUCCGUGACCAGGAUGGCUACACGGCGGCCGACCUCGCCGACUACAAUGGCCACAGCCACUGCGCCCAGUACCUGCGCACCGUGGAGAACAUGAGCGUGGAGCACCGCGUGCUGUCGAGAGACCCCUCAGCAGAUGGGGAGUGCCGGCAGCCUGACUCGGGCAUGUCAUCGCCCAAUACCACAGCAUCGGUGCCCCAGGCGCGCUUCGAGGUGGGCUCCCCUGCCAGCACCUCUCCACUACACUCCUGCCACACAGCCAAGUCCCCAGCACCGGGAGAAGAGGGGCGGCCCCCCCGGGGCCCUGCCCGCCCGGGUGCCUGACCGGCGGCUGCGGACCAUGCCAGGCCGUACAUGGACAUGCUGGACCCUGAAACGCGGCCGCGGGGCCGGGGCCCAGCAGCGAGGGCCCCCCCGCCGCCGCACCCCUUGCCCUUCCCCCCACCACCCUCCCCACCCCAACCACUCGCCACCCCCCAACCACCUCCCUGGCUACCCUGACUGCACCCCCACGCCCCCCACACUGCUGACAUCUAUGUGCGGGCCAAGAACAACCUGCGGCACGUGGAGAGCCAGGCGCUGCGCCGAGAGCUGGCAUCGCGUGACACCAGUCCCGAGGGUCUGCGCAGGGCUGACUCCAGCAGGCGAUCGAGGAAUUUCGGCAAACAGCCGAGCACCGGUGACUACUACAAGCACCUGGGGCACGUCGCGGCUGAGCAGCCCGGCCCCCGUCGAAUGGCGCACAGCGAAGAGGUGAGCCCUGUGCCACGAGCCCGUGCACGGCUCACUGGCACCGGCACCACGCGACCUGGUAUGCUGCUCAACGAGGUCCCAGGGGCUCCUGGAUGGUGGGGGGGCAGACACCCCUCCACCCCUGUGCCCUGAAAACAGAUGGGGGAUUCAAGGGACAGUAGCUGCUGCUGGCAGGGUACUUACUGCUCAUUCUGCCUCCUCUUAGGCACGAAGUCCUUCAACAUGAUGUCCCCCACUGGUGACAACUCAGAGCUGCUGGCCGAGAUCAAGGCUGGGAAGAGCCUCAAGCCAACUCCGCAGAGUAAAGGCUUCACCACUGUCUUCUCUGGCAGCGGCCAGGCAGGGGCCAACGCAGAGUCGCCAGUGUCCUCCCCAUCACCCACCAGGACGCCCACCCCACCAGCCACCCCCGAGGCUGCCGGGCCACCACGUUGCCUGGCAGGGGGCUCGCCAGAGCCGGUGCUAAAUGGGAGCUCACCAGUGCCAGCAGCAGGUGCUGGGGCGGCGGUGGAGGUAGAGGCGCUGGUGCCGAGCCAGGACGAGCAGGGCCGGCCCAUUCCCGAGUGGAAGCGGCAGGUGAUGGUGCGCAAGCUGCAGCUCCGCAUGCAGGAGGAAGAGGAGCAGCGGCGCAAGGUAGGGGGGUCCCACCCCGGGAGCCAGUCACCGCCGCUGUGCCGGCGCGGGCCACCUGCCCGCAGGGGCACACCAGGACCUGCCGGGCAGCUGACGUGGGAGGAGGACAUGCGGCACCUGGAGAGGCAGCUGGGGAGCCUGCGGGUGAUGCACGAGGAGAAGCUGAAGCGGGAGGAGGAGGAGAAGGAGAAGGAGCAGUCGGAAAAGCUAAGGACUCUUGGGUACGAUGAGACAAAGCUGGCGCCCUGGCAGCGACAGAUCAUCCUCAAGAAGGGGGACAUAGCCAAGCACUAGCCACGCCACGCCUGGCUCUUCGCGGC